AUGGCAGAGGCGGACCGACCAGGGAAGCUCUUCAUCGGUGGACUGAACACCGAGACCACCGAGAAGGCCCUGGAGCAGUAUUUCAGCAAAUAUGGCAGGAUUGUCGAAGUUAUUUUGAUGAAAGACCGGGAGACAAACAAAUCAAGAGGCUUUGCCUUUGUUACUUUUGAAAGUCCGGGUGAUGCAAAGGAUGCAGCACGUGAGAUGAAUGGAAAGCUCCUUGAUGGGAAGCCAAUCAAGGUGGAGCAAGCAACAAAGCCUCAGUUUGAGAGUGCUGGCAGACGAGGACCUCCACCGAUGCAAUCCCGCAGUCGUGGUUCACCCAGAGGCCCCCGUGGUUCCAGAGGGGGUCCUGGUGGGAUGAGGGGCCCACCAUCCAGAGACUAUGAUAAUUCAGGGAAUGUAGAACCCUUCUUUAAAGGGAUGUCGUCCAGGGGUCCCCCUCCGAUGAAAAGAGGACCUCCAGUUCGCAACGGAGGACCCCCAGCUAAGAGGUCUGCCCCAUCUGGUCCCAUGAGCAGAACCCCCAUGUCAAGGGACAGGGAUCCCUAUGGUCCACCCCCUCCUCGCAGAGACUCCAUGAUGUCCAGAAGGGAUGAUUAUCCAUCACCAAGAGAUGACCAUUACAACUCCAAAGAUAGCUACUCCAGUCGGGAUUAUAAUUCAAGAGAUUCAAGGGACUAUGGACCUCCUCAGAGAGAUUGUUCAUACAGAGAAUACUCUAAUUCCAGUUCCCGAGAUGACUAUGGCUCAAUGUCAAGAGGAUACGGUGACCGUGACAGUUAUGGUGGAGGCCGGGAACCCAGAAGCUAUGUGGACCGUUCAAGCGGUGGCUCCUACAGAGAUUCAUAUGAUGGUUACGGUAACUCUCGCAGCGCCCCACCUUCACGGGGCCCCCCACCAUCCUAUGGUGGGAGCAGUGGAAGCAGUCGUUACGAUGACUUUGGCAGCAGUUCCCGGGAUGGCUAUGGCAGUCGUGACAAUUACACCAGCAGUCGGAGUGAACCAUAUCCACCUAGCCGUGGUGAGCGAAUGGGCAGGCAGGAGAGGGGCCCAGCUCCCCCUGUCGAGAGAGGCUACCCUCCUCGUGAUUCGUACAGCGGCUCAAGUCGUGGAGGGCCACGUGGUGGGCGCGGUGGCAAUCGACCUGAUAGAGGGAUGGCUCGCAGCAGAUACUGAACUGGACUUGGAAAUCACAUUUAAGCAAACCGUAGUCUCCGUGCACAGUUAACACGUGUUGUGGAAGAAAUCUGACAACCAGACAAAUUAGCCAUGUCUAAAUCUGUGGAUUUUGAAGCUUAGCUUUGACCUGUUUCCUGACCUUUCCAGUUUUUUAUGUGUAAAAGUUUUUUUUUUUAGUAUUUCUCUUGGUCGUGUAACCGUACAGUUACCAAGUAAGUGUUAGUUUUUGUACAUUCAGUGCUGUUGGAAUCUGCAAUGCCCUUUCAGUCUGGCUUUCCUACUCUAAUAAAGCUUUUAGUUGUACCUUGA